UAUUGUCGAUAUUUUUGUUAGGCGGUUAUGUGAGCAUGCCACAGCGCCUCUGGUCUCGAUCAUUGCCUCUGGUACGGAGAGCCUUGACUUGGUGCAUCAGUUGUGGCAAACAGCUACGGGUACCGAGCUACCACCGGAAAAUCUUCGGCGUGUACAAAAAGUGUGGGAUGUAGCUCUGAGUCGGAAUCUGGCAAAUGGCUGAACGCUCUGCCUGUACCUUCCCUCGGAACCCUGAUGUCGGACGAGAGCUUUCGCGUAGCAGUCGGUCUCCGAAUCGGCGCAGCUAUAUGCCGUCCCCAUCUUUGCACGGACUGCCGUCUGCCCGUGGACGAAUACGGCCACCACGGCUUAUCCUGCAAAAAGAGCGCUGGGCGUUUUCUUCGCCACACCGCCUUGAACGAACUGAUUCGUAGAAGUCUGGUCACCGCUAAAACGCCGGCUGUACUGGAGCCGCUUGGAACUAAUGACGAAGAUGAUCGCCGUCCGGACGGUGUGUCGCAGUUGCCUUGGAAGAACGGUUUACGGCUAGCCUGGGACGUGACGUGUGUGGAUACCGUCGCAUUAUCCAACGUUAUUAGCAGCAGCGUCAAGGCUGGAGAAGCGGCCCGAAAAGCAGAAGACCAGAAGCGGCGGAAAUACGAAUAUUUAGCACCUGAGUACUAUUUUGUUGCAUUGGCUUUUGAAACUUUUGGCGUCGCUAGCCCUUCAUGUCUUAAGUUUUUGCGAGAAUUGGGCAGGCGGUUAAAGGAUGCUACGGGAGAACGACGCUCUUACGAGUUUCUGCUACAGCGUAUUAGCAUUGAAAUACAGCGGUGGAAUGCGCUGUCCGUGACUUCUACUGUACCGCGUUCUGACGGUUUUAACGCUGUUUACUUUGUUUUAUGAUGUUGAUGUUUAAAACUGCUGAACGAUAAGCAAACCAAUAAAUUCAUACCCCUUUCGAAAAAAAAAUGUGAGCAUGUCUCAAAGGUUUGUAAAACCCAACACUACUUCCAUACCAGUUCAAUUGAUUUUCCUGCCCAACGCACUGAACACCCAAAAAAUAAUUCGAAAAGAGCCUUGCACAACAAAGAGCUGGAAAUAAGAAUUAUGGCGAGAUCUCACCGGAACACAAUCAGAGAGUUGGCAUUUGAGAGUUACCGACAACAACGGAAACAGCAUUUGGUGAUUCUCGAUAUGAGCUAUGAUCUGCAAAUUCGUGGACUAGUUGAAGCAGUUGAAUCGUUCAUGACCAAAGCUUAUGAAGACACAGGGAAAGAGUUCCCAAAAGAACUGCUGCCGCCUGCGGUGCGCAUAAAGGCUGCUGCCGAGACACGACGAGCGCGAUACUGGAAGCACCUGAAAGAUGACGAAUCUUUCAAACUCAAAGAGCUCCUUACGAUUUACGACGACGAUGGCAACAAAUUUAUUUCAGAACAAACAUUUCAUAAUCUGCAUACUUUAAUCGCGGAGAUUUACUUCGAUACUAGUGAAAGAAUCCAUGUUCUGCGAUUGGUGGGUGGUAUCAUAUACAUAGACUCCAGGAGACUGACACCGGAAAAGAUCAGUGUGAUUGAGGCUUUCUGCUGUCAUCGAAAUUAUAAGUACAACAUCUACCAUGGGGCUGUCUUGAUUCGGGAUUCUGGUGUGGAGGAUCAUUUUAAAGGAGAAAUGGAGCACCUUUUUGCUAACCCCGAUGAAAAAUGUUUUGUGGAUAAUCAGGAUGUCCAUCGCACUCAUGCCAAGAUGACACCAGACAUCUCCGCGUUUUCUACUGAGGCAGUUCCAACUCGGGACGAAUGCAGUCUGAGUGCUGCUCCGAAGAUCGACUUCGAGGAAACAGGCCCAGUGCUGUCCAGUGGUGACGGUAUCACCCGUGUGUAUGGUCUGAAAAACAUCCAAGCUGAGGAAAUGGUGAAAUUGUCCAGUGGGUUAAAGGUUACGAGUAUGCCUCUAAACUUGGAGGCCGACAACGUCGGUGUUGUCGUCUUCGGUAACGACAAACGGAUCAAAGGCGGCAUCGUCAAGCGAACUGGUGUCAUCGUGGAUAUCCCUGUCCGAGAAGGAUUUUUGGGCCGCGUCGUGAAUGCCCUGGGAAAUCCUGUUGAUGGCAUGGAGCGGUCAAGUCAGUUGAACGCUUCGGCGUGGGUUCCGAUGACCAUCGAAGAGCAGGUCGCGGUUAUCUACGCCGGUGUCCGUGGUUUCCUGGACAAACUGGAGCCAUCGAAAAUCACCCAAUUCGAAGCAGCAUUUUUACAGCAUAUUAGACAAGAUCAGCAGGAUCUACUUAAGAAUAUUCGCGAUGAAGGCAAACUUACGGAGGCAACGGAUGCCAAGCUUAAGCAGGUUGUGACAAAUUUUAUGGCUAAUUUCACGCCAUGAUUUGAGCAAAGGAUCUCACGGACAUUUUAUGCUUAGUUUUAUUUGAACGGUUAAUUUAACUGAUGGUGUAUGUACUGCAGAGUGGAACACUGUUCUUAAUUGUGCCGUUCGUGCGUCGCGUGUGUUUUAGAUUGUUUCACUUUGAUCACGCGUUUCUUUAUUGAAAAUGUACCAAUUGGCUGUGUUAAUUCAUUAUCCUGAAAAUAUUCACUUGGAACUAUUCGGUGAAUUCCCGUAAAGUUUUGGCAGUACGCUGUUACAAUGCAAAUGCUUACUGAUUUACUGCAGAUGUGUAUCGUCGUUGUUACGGUAUACAAUCUAAUAAGUGCAGAUAUGCAAUACACA